UUAUUGUCUGUAAUUAAAAAUUUUUGUCAAGAUUUUUUAUAUCCUUUUCAUAGGGCUGUCAUAACAUAAGCUCAUACUCCAAAAAUGUCUGGUAAAAGUAGUAUGGAAAAGGUCUCGGAAAUCGACUUGCACGUCACCAAGCAGUACGAUAUUAUUCGAAGGCUUGGCAAGGGGGCUUAUGGGAUUGUCUGGAAAGCAGUGGAAAAAAGAUCCAAGGAAACGGUAGCAGUAAAAAAGAUCUUCGAUGCUUUUCGAAAUCAAACAGAUGCUCAACGUACCUUUCGUGAAAUUAUGUUUCUAUUGUCAUUUGCUAAUCAUGAAAAUAUAAUACAACUCAUAGGAUUGCACAAGGCAAACAAUGACAAAGACAUUUACUUGGUUUUCGAGUAUAUGGAAACUGAUUUACAUAAUGUAAUAAAAAGAGGGAAUAUUCUAAAGGAUAUUCACAAGGUAUUCAUAAUGUAUCAGUUGUUCAAGGCAAUUAAGUACAUACACUCGGGAAAUGUUAUACACAGAGAUUUGAAGCCAUCGAAUAUCCUGCUCAAUGCGCAGUGUCAUUGCAAAAUAGCUGACUUUGGACUGGCCAGAUCCGUUACACAAAUUGGUGAAGGUGAUAGAGAAUCUGGUAGCGACCCAACACUCACAGAUUAUGUGGCCACUCGCUGGUACAGAGCACCGGAGAUCCUUAUAGCAUCAAAGAGGUACACAAAAGGUAUAGACAUGUGGUCUUUGGGAUGCAUUUUAGGUGAAAUGUUAUUAGGAAAGCCUCUUUUCCCUGGUUCAUCGACAAUAAAUCAAGUUGAAAGGAUAAUGGGAACUUUGCCACAGCCCACAGAAGAAGAUCUGAUCUCUGUUAGCGCAGGAUAUGGUACCAAUUUGUUAGAAAAGACCCCAUCUGGCCCACGUCGUACAAUCAAAGAACUUUUGCCAACCGUUUCAGAGAGCGCAAUAAAUCUCAUAAAUAAAUUAAUUGUUUUCAAUCCCAAUCAUCGACUCACUGCAGUUGAGGCAUUAGAGCACCCAUAUGUUGCUGAUUUUCACACUAAAGGCAAUGAACCUGAAAGAGGAUCCAACGUUGUGCCUCUGUUAAGGGAUGAUAUACAAUUAUCGGUGGACGAUUAUAGAAACAAGCUUUAUGCUAUGAUGGAUGAGAAACACAAAAAACACAAGAACAUGUCUAAAUCUAGGAUCAGGAGAUUAUCAGAACACAUACGGAAGGAGACAAGUGCCGGUGCUGGUCAGGGGGAUGGAACUGGAAAAAAAGGUUUUCACCUGUCGUGUGAUGACCUAAGAAAAGAAAAGACUAAAACUGAGGUGUACAAACAACAGCAGUGUGAAAACCACGGCCGAUCUACUGUAACAAGGAAAUUACCUGCUCCUGCAUAUAUUAAUGGAAAUGGGCGGAGUAGCAAAUCACAAAUAGCUAAUGUGGACGCGACAAUAGGUGACAGAACAUUGCAGCAAAAUGGGAGAAAUUCAACAGCGCAGUAUACAUACGCGAUGAUAAAUGGUCCGUUCAGAAAUCUUCCUCCAGGCCAAGCUAAGAGCUGUUUAUACUUGAGCCAACAACACAAUUUGUCAAAAUCUCAACGUUCUAUACAAUCCGACCAAGUAACUCUCUAUGGUCCAGGCAGCAGACCCGGUCCACAACCAAGUCAACAAAAACUGCGUCGAAGCACGAAACCACAACUCAUACACAGGCUGCCAGCUACGCUUAAUAAUCUUCAAACCAAGUCGAGCCUACCCAAGCGAGUCAAUGAAGAAAGUCCAACGAAUGCCAAGUACCUCACAAAAAUGCCAAAUAAUUUCACAAAGCACUUUGCAACCCCACACCACUUUACCUCGCAAAAUCAAACAAUUCAAAAUUAUCUGAAUCAAACCAUGCCAAUGCAUUUACAAAGGGAGAGAACUCCAACUGGACAAACUAGAACAGUAACAUGUGCGAAUCGUCCAACAACUGAAAACAUUGCUAAUUUAGCAUAUGUACAGAGCGCUAAUCCUGUCUCUGCAGGUACGCUUGAUAAUCAUAGGAUAAGAAGCGCGGUGACACGUGCUCAAACUGGCAAAAAUCAUUUAAGGCGCAGUAUUAUUCAAAAGCCCAUAACGGCAAUAAGAAAUUUCCGAUCCUUGAACACUUAUAGUCAAAGUCACGGAACAAUCACAGCCUCUGCGUAUAAUGAUUUAAGAAAUGGUAAUAUCAGAUGGUAGCACAUAAAUCGUGUCUUUGAUGGCAUAAAAUUAUAUACACCACUUAUACGAGCCUAUGCCUGUAUCUUACGUUCAUUCAGAUAGCCUUAGUAGGGGUUUCAAGCUUUUGAGCCUUGAAAAAGGUUUAAAGUCAUUGACAUCAAAUCCUUGAGACCAGAAUUCUUUCUUCGAUAAGUUAGAGAUGUAAGGCCGUGUAGGUGGUGCAUACAACUUUUUGGAUUUUAGAAUUGCCUCUUCUGACACACGUCAAACGUGAAGUGAAAUAUUUAAUUUUGAAAAAAAUAUAUAGCUGUUGCCGAGAUAGAUACGUGACAUUUUUUUCUGAGUCCCACUUGGAUCAAAUUUUUUCGUAUAGGAUAUACCAGACAUCUGUAUCUUCCAUGUUUGCCAUUACGCUUUACUAAUAACAUAAAUGAAGUAAUACUGUCUGGCAUAUAAUACAUGAAUAAUUUCUGAGUGACCUGCACUUGUAUCUCUGAUCCAAUAUUUCUAAUGAAGUGUUCAACAAUUCCCACAGCUGUAACAUAUCCAUUAUGAAUGAACAAGAUGCAUACUGCAAGUGGGUUGAAUUUGAAUGUAAUAAAAAUCAUGAUAAAUUAUCUAAACUUCCAAAUAGUUUAUGCUUACAAGAAAUGAGUUUUGAACACCACUUGCCACAGAGUUAAUCUUUUUGAACACUUUAUAUUACAUAUAUUUGAAAAAAGUCUGAGAUAAGUUUUAAUUUUUCACAACAACAAUACUCGAAUACAGGCUAACACGUUACUGAAGUAAUACAGAAUAAAUAAUGUUGAAUUGAAAAUAAUUUUCUAUGAACAUUUAUUUUGAACAUCAAUAUUUACAUUGAAUAUACCUAUAUACAAGAAAAAAAGAAAAAAAUGUUUAUAAUCAACGGAUGUAUAUACAAAUUAUCAUGUACCAUAAUAAGAACAUUUAUGUCACGUUUGCGUGAUAAUAUCAUUGUGAACAGCUAUAUGUAUAAUAAAUACAUACGUACUUGAAUUUUAAUAGAAAUAAAGGCAACUAUAAUCUACAGAAA